UCCGCUGCGGAAGGCCAGCGAGGGGAGCCGUUGGGCCGGACGCGGACCCUGCGGAGCGCGGGCGUCGCGGAGCGCGAGUGCGGAGCCCGGAGCGCGGCGCGAUGGGAGGGGAGCAGGAGGAGGAGCGCUUCGACGGCAUGCUGCUGGCCAUGGCGCAGCAGCACGAGGGCGGCGUGCAGGAGCUUGUGAACACUUUCUUCAGCUUCCUUCGGCGCAAAACAGACUUUUUCGUUGGAGGAGAAGAAGGGAUGGCAGAGAAGCUUAUCACACAGACUUUUAACCACCACAACCAGCUGGCACAGAAAGCCCGGAGAGAGAAGCGAGCUCGGCAGGAGACUGAGCGCCGGGAGAAGGCAGAGCGGGCGGCCAGGCUGGCCAAGGAGGCCAAGGCAGAGACCCCUGGGCCACAGAUCAAGGAGCUAACUGAUGAGGAGGCAGAGAGACUGCAGCUGGAGAUUGACCAGAAAAAGGACGCAGAGAAUCAUGAGGUCCAGCUCAAGAAUGGCAGCCUUGACUCACCAGGGAAGCAGGAUGCUGAGGAGGAGGAAGAGGAGGAAGAUGAGAAGGACAAAGGAAAGCUGAAGCCCAACCUAGGCAAUGGGGCUGACCUGCCCAACUACCGCUGGACCCAGACCCUUUCGGAACUGGAUCUGGCAGUGCCCUUCCGAGUCAGCUUCCGGCUGAAGGGGAAGGACGUGGUGGUGGACAUCCAGCGGCGGCACCUCCAGGUGGGCCUCAAAGGGCAGCCCCCGGUGAUCGACGGGCAGCUCUACAAUGAGGUGAAGGUGGAGGAGAGCUCCUGGCUCAUCGAGGACGGCAAGGUGGUGACGGUGCAUCUGGAGAAGAUCAAUAAGAUGGAAUGGUGGAACCGCUUGGUUACCAGUGACCCCGAAAUCAAUACCAAGAAGAUUAACCCUGAGAACUCCAAGCUGUCAGACCUGGACAGUGAGACUCGCAGCAUGGUGGAAAAAAUGAUGUAUGACCAGAGGCAGAAAUCCAUGGGCUUGCCCACCUCUGAUGAGCAGAAGAAACAAGAGAUACUGAAGAAGUUCAUGGAUCAGCACCCAGAGAUGGAUUUCUCCAAGGCCAAAUUCAACUAGCUUGUUUGCCUUCCUGAACUCUUGUGAUUGAGCCCCUAGCCACUCAACCUCCUUUCCCUUUCCCUGGGACCUGGGAACCUUGGGGCUGGGGCAGGCAGAGGACUUCCAGGCAUGAGAGCUCCAGGGCUUCACUGGGGAAGGGCUGGUGUUGGGGAUCUUGUCCUCCCUCCCCAUUUGGCCUGUUACACAUUAAAACUAUUUACCCUGC